AUGGAGACGACUGAAACUUUUGAAGAGAGGGCUUUUACCUCCUCUAUUCCAGAACUGACUAACAUCUUUUCCAACCUGAAGCCCGCUUCUUCGACAUUGACUUUCGAGAACACUCAAAGUGGAAUGUGGCGACUGAUGCGGCAAUCGUCGGAUAACGUGUUUAAGCUUUUGAAGCUCGACAAAAUCGACAAACUUGACAAGAUCGCCACGGAAGGAACCAAACUGUUUGAAAACCCAAGCUUUAAGAAGUGGGUCAAUUUUGUUUACAAAAGAAAAUCAGAAAAACCCGAAGCAACGACUGAGGCAAUUUUUGCGACUCUGGCAGCUCAUUACGGUGACGGUGCUAAUUUGGCUAGACUUCUCGAACUUGGAAAGUUGCACAGAGGUGAUAAACACAUCGCUGAUCUCGCUGCAGCCCUGCAAGUGGCGCAGCUCGAAAAGUGGAAUAAGAACGAGAAAACGGUAGAAGACGUCUUAGAGAUUUUGGAGCUGGAUAAGACACAAGGCAAUCCUCUUCUAGACCCACUCUUUGUGGCGUUGUCCGCAUAUGUCAAGUUUAAACACCCAAACGACCCCACAGCGGCAUCUGAUGCAAUGCUGACGGCUUUUCGAAAAUUUUACAAGGACGACAAAGCUUGGGCCAGAUUUCUUUUUCCUGAUACGAGCACCGAACCCUUUGCUGGUCUCGCUGCAGCCCUGCAAGUGGCGCAGCUCGAAAAGUGGAAUAAGAACGAGAAAACGGUAGAAGACGUCUUAGAGAUUUUGGAGCUGGAUAAGACACAAGGCAAUCCUCUUCUAGACCCACUCUUUGUGACGUUGUCCGCUUAUGUCAAGUUUAAACAUCCAAACGACCCCACAGCGGCAACUAAGGCAAUGUUGACGGCUUUUCGAAAUUUUUACACGGACGACACAGCUUGGGCCAAAAUUUUAGUUGAUGGAACGAGGACUGACAGUGUGAAAAAUAUCGCCUACGACCUGCUAUAUUUGCAGCUCUCACUGUGGGAGGAAGGAGAGAAAACGCUUUUUACGCAUUUGGGGCUGGAUCAGAUUGAAGGGGAACUGUUUGAAAGCCCACUAUUCAAGCGGUGGGCUGCCAUCGUCGACGGUAUACACCUAUACGCUCCCAACACGGCAAGUGAUGUAAUCUUGUCAACUCUGGCAGCUCAUUUUGGUGAAAAAGCUGCAUGGGCUGAUAUUCUUAUUGCUGGAAAAAAGGUUCCCGAUAUGGAAUAUUUUGCCAGAAGGCUGGAAAUGAGACAAAUCGAGAGGUGGCAUUUUGGCGUGAGGUAUUUCAUAGAUGACAGUUAUAAUGCGAAGGCGAAGGCGUCUAAAGCAGAGUCGAACUAUACGGCGAAGAAGAAUGCGAAUAGAUCAGAUUUAAAUCGUACGGCUAAGAAGGCGGCUAUAGAAGCUAUUGCGGUGGCUGAAGAGGCUAAGAAAGCGGCUGAUGAGGCGGUUGCGGCGAUUAAGAGGGAGACUCUUGAGCCAAUGGUAUCAACCUUACGAUUACGAAAGAAACUGCUAAGGAACUGCAAGAGAUGCUUAAAACGAAGCCGACCACAGGAAGAUCGUAGCAAGGUUUCCGCACCUGGAGCUGAACCAGACAGCAAUUUCGAUGUUCAUGGUUAG